UUAUCCAAUCAGUUUCGGACUGGCCAACACAUGGGUGGCACUUCGCCAGAAUUGUUUGUUAUCGGCUCCGCAGUUGCAAAAUGACACGACGUGGUGCUUCUGUGUUAGAUUUUUACUUCCAGCUGUCGCCCGGUAUAGAAAUAUACAACACUCACCGAAUACUUUUUUUAUUUUCCCACGGGCGAGUUCUAUAGCCAAUAUUCCAUGACAUUUUUCAACAGGUCGUGAUGGAGAGGGAUUUUACCACAUCGACUAACUUUGAGACUUUCUGUUUACCAACUUGGAACAUCAAAACUUUACCACGUGGAACAUUAGGCCUACUAAAAAAAACCCACAACAACAACCGCUGCGAUUUCUCUUGUUAGGAUGGAUGCGACAAAGAUGUAUUUGAUUUUAAUAUCCAUAGCAACGACAAUUAUUUCUCUCGCAGAUCAGCACCAUUAAGUGUUGCGUGCAGUUAAUGGUAUACCAUGGUGUGUGAUAAUUCGUGUAGAAGGAAACUGGCAUUUCAAUUUCGUGGCAAAAAUCAAAAACGUGCUGAUUGUGUUGUAGGUAGCAGUAGCGAACGCAAUUUGUGUCUUCGAAGAACCAAUCAAUGGACGCGUUUGUAAAUUGCCGAAUAGACCAUCACUAAUUGUAAUCAUUACGGGAACAAAUCUUUCUUAAACCACUUAUCUCUCUAUUGCUUAGACAAAAGUGGUUGUUUUUAGUGCAGAUAAAUCGUUGCACGAAACGUACAUGGUUUCAUUUCAAUGGAACUCCAAACUCUUAAGUUUUGUUAGCAGCACCAAUGGUACUACCGACAUUUUGUUAUUAAAACCAUUAAUACAUUGUGCUAAUUUAUAUUCCAAAAUGCCCCCACCCCCAUUUAAAAAAAAAAAUAAUACAAUAAAUUAUAACAAUAAAAUGCUUGGUUGCUAUAAAUAUUUGAAGUUUAGAUUACGCUAAAGUGCAAAAUUCGGUCUAUUUUUUGUGGUGGAAGCACAUUUGAAUAUGCAUUUGAAUGAUGGAUGCACUGAAGUCAUAUUUCAAUCGAAUAUUUCCACAAAAUAUUGGAAGAAGAGGAAGUUUAAAAACAAGACAUGUCCGGAAGUCCCACCCGGGAUUCAGUCGAGGCGUGGACACUGUUCCGGCCCGUGCAGCCUCCGCCUCGCACGUGGACGAUCGUGACGAAAUCGACUACGCCCGUGCAAAACGUGUCGGCGUUUUUAAUUUCAAACGCACGGGUAGCCGGGAAAUCGUAUCCAAGUCUCCGCCACCGACUAAACCGCCGAGAAAGGAUCAUGUAUUUUCUGUCCAAUUCUCGACCAUCAGAGGAAAGAAUUUAGGAAUUGUUUUUGAUUGUGUUCCCGUGGGAUCACAACGUCGCAGGGCGGCGAGCGACAGCAGUGAUGGCUAUAUUAACGGAAGUAUUGCCUCGCCGCCGUCAUCACCAUUACCUGUGUCGGCAACUACUACUACGGCGGCGGCGGCAUCAGUGUUCUUGACGUUCAAAAUCGUGUCCAUUAAAGAAGGGAGUCUUUCGUUUUACGAUGGUCGUCUAAAAAUCGGGGAUGAAUUGAUCGACAUCAAUGGAAUACCUUUGUUGAAAGAAAGUCUCCUUUCGGCCAGACUUCUUCUCGAGAAUGCCGUCCGAUCGGGCCUGGUUGUCAUGACAAUACGGCGUCGCCGGAAGCGACCUAGUGCCCCACCACCUCUGCCAAUACGUCACACGCCGUCGCUGCAAGAAGUGAACUCCACCGCCACCUCCACGCACCUACAGCAUGUAAGUGGGUCGUUCUUCCAGGGCAUGUCACAGUCGACAACCUGCCUACCAUCAGAGUGCAGCAGAAAACGCAGUGGAGACUACGUCAACGGCAACAUCGUGCCCGUCGCGCCUGGCUUGUCCAACUCGAACGAUCUGACGAUAUCAUCGGACGACGUGUUCGCCGACUCGGACACCCCGUCGGACCAGAUCAUCUACGUGAACCUGCCGAAGCCCAAGCUGCAGACGAGUCGCGUCGUGAACCAGUACUACGUCAAGCACGGCGGGCUGGCGUCGGCGCAGGAGGAUGAAUUCUGGGAGGAUCCCGGCUUGAAGACUCAGAGCGCGUCGGCCGUGGAGGACGUGCUUCAGUGGACGUCGUCAUCAGAAGAAAGUGCCGCAAACGCCCGUCAGACACGGUCUGGUUGUUGUUACGUGAACGGUUUCCACGACGACGACCCCGACACCGAUCUCCGACAAAGUUCGACGUCGACGCUGGUUCCGGACCCCGGCGUGUACGGGGGCGGUAGUUCGGACUCUACAGACUCUCUGACGAGGCACGGGUCCAAGCAGACGAACGGAGGAAGUGCCACGCCCAUUCGGAAGGUGAUGGAGCGCAAUUUGUUGAAGAACAUGAGAAUGUACAGCAAUCGGCCGGAGACGGCUUCACCCUCGUCGACUUGUAGCAUAACGUCAGACGGAACCAGCAGUCCACAGUCGGCUUCGCCAGCAUCAGUCGGCAAGAGACGUCUGAUCACGAAGUUACAUCUUCUUAAAGAUGAGAACGGCCUUGGCAUUCACAUAGCAGGCGGUAAAGGAUCCAAGAAGGGAGACAUUGGGAUUUUCGUAGCUGGAAUCACUGAAAAUGGAGCAGCAUUUAGGGAUGGUCGACUGAAGCGUGGUGAUGAACUGUUGAUGAUUAAUGGACACAGUUUGAUCGGUCUCGGCCACCAGGAGGCGGUUGACUGUCUUCGCAGCGCACCUAAACUUGUCCAGCUGGUUGUCGCAUCUAAAGUGCGAAAGUCUGCCUCCCUGGCCUCCCCCAAAUCCCCCCAGUCUGACCUGUUGAAAACCAAACCACGGAUGAUGUCUCCGCCACCCUACCUCGGUAGUUCCCGUGGCGACGCACCAUUUCCUGUUGUACCAGAAGUGACGGCGCAGACGCCAUCGGGAACUCUGAUCAACUGGGAAGACAUGUUUGAGAAGUUCAGUCAGGUACCGAGGACGAACCCGCCAUUUUUUCUGGAUGGUGAUGAACAGACCAUCACAGUCCACAAAGGGGCCAAGGGGAAGGGUCUGGGUUUCAGCAUUGUAGGGGGCAGUGACACGCCCAGGGGAAACAUGGGCAUCAUCGUGCGCAGGAUCUUCUCAAACGGGCUGGUCGCAGAGGAUGGCAGAAUACAAGGAGGAGACGAGAUAGUGGCUCUGAACGGGGAGGCAUUGCGAGGUCUGACUCACCGGGAGGUUUUGUCCAAGUUUCGAUUGCUAAAGAAAGGUCUCGUCAGAAUCACGUUUCGGAACCGGUCUGCUUCUCCCACCGCCAGCCCUCGCCGAUCUCCAAGCCACUCCCCUAGUGACUCCCUAGAUGGGAGUCCUGUGUCCACCCCUAGUCACUCUCCCCGCCACACUCCGUGCAACAGUAUUACAGAUGGACAGAUAUUCGGACUUGCUCCAUACUCCAGCUUGCCAGCCUUUCCUCCCUGCCACGAGAAUAACUUAGUACCAACAGUGCCUUCGUACAGACCCAAAUACACUUAUGGAGAACCAAAAACAGAAUCGCCCAAAAUGGGAACCAGUGUACUGUCACUAAGGAGCAGACUGACCAAUCAGAACCACGAAACUGGGUCAUCUGACUCCCUCUCAUCCAAUCACUGUUCAAGAAAUCAGAAUCUGCAGAAUGGCUUCUUUCCGGCCAAUCAGUGUGCGAAGAAUCAGACUUCGAACGUGUCCAGCAGUGUGUUCGGUAACGGGAUGGUGAAUGUGAGUUCCAGUUCCAGUUCUUCAUUUGGAUCGUUUUCCAGUUUUCGUCCAGUGGAGCAGAGAAGUACUGUCCUGCACAGUUACAACCAAGGGGUGAAGUUCUUGUCAGUGGUGCAGAAGCUGGAAUACUCGCAGAGACAAGAGUACUCGCAGAGACGAGAGUACUCGCAGAAUGUCGAGUACAGCGAGACUCGCGUGGCCUCGUCGGUAAGUUCAGUAGAAAGACAAGACGCGAGUGCUCGGACUACAUCCUCUGUGAGUUCCUUACAGACGUUCACCUCCGGCCAAACAAGCGAGAAUGAAGUCUGCAAGAACAAGCUGUUAGAAGUCCAUCUCUACAAAGAAAAAGAUGUGUCUCUAGGAAUCAACGUGGUGAGGAAGACGUUUGGUGGUGUAAGCAAUAUCUAUGUGCAAGAUGUCCCAGAUGGGUCACCAGCUGCCAGAGAAGGGCAGUUAAGAAAGGGAGACUUGCUGGUUCGAGUAAACGGGAAACCGAUGCACGAGUUGACGCUUCUUGAUGCGUAUCAGUUGUUCAGAAACCUUUCUCCAGGACCGGUGGCCAUAUUGGCCCAGAGAGACGACAUCACUCAAAUACAGAAAUCUAAAGAUCUGACUGCAUUUCCUAGAAGUGAUUUUAAAACGGCCAAUGAAAGGGAUUUAGGGAAUUUGAAUUCCACCAAUGAGAAGCCAGUGAAAGGUACGUGUUGUAGUCUGCUGCACUACACCUAGAUGGGCUGGACUGACUCGCACUUCCUCAAUCCGCAGGGAAUUCUGGGAUGUCUCUCAAGGAACUCUGGGACUAGCAAUUGUGUUUGCUUUGUUGGCAAAAUGCCAAUAUUUUGUUUUGCUUUAAAACUUCAUAAUUUCUUUAUUUUUAUUUUUUUGUCCUUUUUUUUUUUUUAAUAUUUCAUUUCUUUCUCUAACUGAGCUAUUGAUUUUAAUUUAAUUUUGUUUUAUUAUUAUCCCAAGCUUUUCAAAGGAGGAUACCUUUGGUUUGUUUUAUUGAUCUGUUAGAAUUAGUAGGUUAAAUUUUUAUUUGUUGUCUUAAUUUGUUCAUUUGUUAAUCAACACAUAUGUAUGUGUUACAUAAUGUCCAUUGUAUUAUUAUUUAUUGUCUAAUUCAAGCAAUACUUUAAAAACUUUUUACUUUUACCCACCACACCCACCAUAUUAUGUUUCUGAUUAAUAACAGAAACGUUUUCUUGAAGUAGUACAACAGAAAUGUAAAAGGUUUCAAAAAAUUAAAUAAAAGGUAUAAAGGUUGUUUUCAAUUUAAAAAAAAAAUUGAUAUCUAAAAAAUUUAAUAUUUUGCAGUCAAAAUAUUGUUUUGGGGAUAUUUGUGUCUCUGUGAAUAUGUCAGUUGCCGGUUUUUUCCCCUCCAUAUUAGUUAUGGGUAUUUAAAUAUUUAAACAUUAUUUUAGUGUUUGUUUUGUCUUUUUAAGUUGUACUUGUCAUUGAAGAGCAGAAAGUAGUUUAAUGUGGUAAAUCUUGAUUUUGAUGUACUGUGGGUUGUUGGAUCCAUCCCUCUUAGCGGAUCGUAAUUUCAAAGAUUUUGGUAUGCGCUUCCCAUAGGUGUAUGGGGCUCCCUUUUUUUUGAGGGGGUCGGCGCAGGCUGGUUUUUGUCCAAAUUAAAUGAAAAUGCCCGAAUACACAUUUUUACAUAGAUUAUAACUAAUUUUGAGGGUAGAAUGAUGGAAAUAUAUGCCAAAGAG